AUGUUUAAAGUAUCAUCAGUACUUUUGAUUAUAGCUAUUUCGGCCGAAUAUUUAAUCAAAGUUUCAAUGGCCGAAAUGUCUUCGUCCUAUGCUAUGCUAGAGAAACAUUCUAAUUUCAAACCAGAUUUGAAAACGGAACCAGUAUUUAAAAAAGAAGCCAGGGCUGAGCCUGAAAAACAUCCAGUUUAUAAAGGAGAUGAAUACAGAAAUGAAGGUCGAGCUAGAAUAGAACCUGUGAAAGCAACAGGACCCGUUAUAAAACAUGAAAAGAUGUUAGCUGACCAACCAAUUGAAGUUAGUACCGAAGUGAACAGAAUCGAUAAUCUAGCCAUUCCUGGGUAUGCAUAUGUUGCAAAUCCAGUUGAAGUAGCUUAUCCUGAUAUUCCAUAUGCCCCUGGAUAUACAUAUGACACUGCGUACUCUGGAUCGCAUGGACAUGACAUGUAUGUAAACAGCCCAAGUAAUUAUUUAAUUGAGCCUGACACGACUGCAUUUGGGUUACUGUGGAGCCAAGUUCCUGAUUCUAGGACAAUCGUCAGUUACGUCGGUAGAACUUUGGCAUGGAUAUUUGGUAGUAUGUUCGCGGUGUUCCUUGGAUCACUCCUCACUGUUGGCAUUUGUUCUUACACUAAUCUCUGUGCUAUUACCUUUAAUGGAGUUGGGCCUAUUCAUGAAGAGAUGAGAGCACUUAUUUCCCCAGAGAGAUUGGAAAAGAUUAGUAAUGCUGCUGAUUUUGUCAAGACCGCUAUUGAUAAAUAUCAAAAGAUCCAGACGGUUGCUGAUGUAGCCGGCAAUAGAAGACGUCGCUCUGUUUAUUAUUAAUUUUCUUACAUUUUCAUAUUUUAUAUUUAGAUAUUAUUGUUUUAUAGUAUUAUAUUGAUAUUGCAUUUUUAUUGUAUAAUUUUUGUUUUAUAGUAUGUACGUAUAGAAUUAUUUAAUUUUGUAUCGAGUUGUCUAAAUUGA